AUGGAUUCUCAGAGAUUUGCGCACUUAUCGAAUCAAUUCAAUUCUUCAUUUUGGACAAAACGACAGUGGUAUUUUCAAUAUAAAUAUGAUAAACAUUGUUCUGGUUUCGGUGAUUUUUUUUCCAUCAAUCCAUAUAAUUUUAAACAAAAGUUUUAUACUUUACUUGAUCAAAUCGAUGCAACAAAUGUGAAAUUAAUUGAUCAUUUGACAAUUCGAGAAAUCAAUUCAAUAAAAAAUUGUGCACAUUAUUUUCCUCAUCUAACAAAAUUAUAUCUUCGCUGUCGUCGUUUAUCAUUUGAACAAAUUCUUCAUUUACUUUCAUUCACACCAAAUGUUCAAACAUCCGAAUUCGAUUUAUUAUCAUUGAAAAACAAAGAUUCACUUGCAAUUGAACAAAGCAAAACAUUUCAAUCAGUUUCGAAAACAAAUCGAAUUCAAAAUAUAACUAUUUAUGAUGAAAUGACAUUAGAUGGAAUUAAAUUAUGUAUUCAUCUAUUCUCUCGAAUGGAAUCUUUGGAAUUUAGUUUAUACUGGAAUAACUUUAAAACAUUACUAAGAAUUAUUUUAUUAGAAUCAAAUGAACAUAUUCGCUAUUUAUCAUCGUUAUGUAUUUUGAAAGAAGGCAAAGAUUUGGUCGAGUCAGUGAAAUAUUUAAUUGAUUCAGAAAAACUUCUUCGUGACUAUCAAAUCAAACGUGUAAAGUCAAGAGUUUAUCGAUGGUGAUCACAUUCUCAAUAUAUAUACCAAUCCUCAUCGUUCACAUCAAGUUCAGGCACUAGUUUUUAUCCAGCUAACAAACAAGCACAAUUGAUUACUUCAAUAUCUGUUAAUUCAUGGAAAUUAUGUGCUAUUCAAUGUAAUCAAAAUACGCUUUGUCGAAUUUUUGAUUAUGGUUCUAUACAAACAAAUGAAUGUUUAUUAUUCGAAGGUGACACAGAUGUUUUAGGUACAAUUGUGACAUCAUCAAUGCCUAGUUCACGAGUGGGAAUUAUUCGAAUAAAAUCAUCUCUGUUUAUUGAUUACGGUCGACCAUGUUCAACUGUUUGUGCACAAAGUCGAUACUUACGUUGUAAUGAAAAUUUCACCUGUGAUUGUAUGCCACAUACAUAUUGGAAUGCAUCGAGUGAACUAUGCCUUGGUCAAAUGACAAUGUUAGGGGCACUUUGUUAUCCGAGUAUGAAUAUGUGUCGAAAUGAUCUGAAUUUAAUUUGUUCAUCUAAUAAUCAAUGUAUUGAUAUUUCUACAUUAACUUGGCCCAAUGGUACAAUUAUUGCUGAUACUUCCACCAUAUUUCAAGGAAGUUCAUCUGUUGGUCUUGAUUAUCCUAUGGGAAUCAGCAUUUAUGAAAUGAACAAUAAGGAGUUUCUAGUUGCUGUUGAUUCAACAAGAAGUCAAAUUAUUCAGAUCGGAGAUGUGCUUUCAAACAGUCAAACAGCAUCCGUUAUCGCUCAUAAUUGGACAGAUGAUUGGUUACAAAAUCCAAGUGGCUUAUUUCUUGACAUAACGCGUCAAAAUAAUCUGUAUGUCAUCGAUUGUAAUCAGUUUCGAAUUGUUUUAUUUGCUACAAUGCAAACCACUUCUCCAGUACCACAAAACAUAGCCGGCAUCAAAGGAAGCAGUGGUUCUACACUAGAUAGAUUUUCUUAUCCUUACGGAAUGAUUGUUGACAGUAAACAAAAUCUUUACAUUGCAGAUACUCUUAACCAUCGAAUAAUGUUUUGGGCAGCAAAUACUACUUCUGGAACAAUGAUUGUAGGAACAGGCACAGCGGGUUCAAGUCCUACGGAACUUAAUUAUCCUUAUAGCGUAUAUCUUGAUGAAGAUACGGCUACUCUAUACGUGGCAGAUAAAGAUAAUCAUCGGAUUCAAGCAUUCAAUAUUAAUGGGAAUUCUCCUUUGAGUGGAGUAACUAUAGUCGGUGGCUAUGGAAGUGGAUCAAGUAGUCAACAACUUAAUCAGCCGACAUAUGUGUGGAUAUCGAAAAAGACUAGAGCAAUGUUUAUUGUAGAUUCAAUGAAUCAUCGUGUUCAACGUUGGAAUUCUGGCGCAUUGUCAGGAGUCACUGUUGCUGGUGAUCCUGUUGGUAGUUCAGGUUCGGAUCUUAAGCGAUUGAAUUUACCGUUUGCAUUAGCUAUCGAUAAAAAUGAAACUAGAAUAUAUAUAACUGACAUUGGUAAUAAGAGGAUCAUUACUUUUUCUCUCUUAUGA